GAUUUGGGAGGAAGAAGAAAGAAUUUGUAUUCUGAAGAAGGUGGAGGUGCCUAGGGAAUUCCAAUUCUUAUCCCUCCUCCUCCUCUUCUUCCUCCUCAGUAGUUGAUUAUGUUUUAACAAAUGAGGUUUUCAUUCCUAUAAAUAAUAAGUUUUGCCAGUUCAUCACUCCUUUUCUCUCUCUUGAUUUCAAAUUCCUAAACAAGAGAGGGAAAUCAUUAUUUACUGUCACCUUGAGGUUGUUAUGUUACCUCUUAAUUUCAAUUGGCUAUCUAGUUAUCAUUUCUUUUUAUUUAUAUUUCAAAAGAACAAAGCUAACGUUACACAACAGAAAUAAUACUACCUAAAUGCUUCUAUACUUAUUAAUCACUUGUCUAUCUUUCUUUUUGUUUGUCAAAUCUUUACCCCUUCCUACAUGGAUAUAUAAAACAAAAACCUUAUUCUCCUUUUACAUCUACAAGAAUCCCUUCAUAGAAAUCCUACACCUGACCAGACCAGAUAUAGCUUCUACGGUUCUUAACCAGAUGUCGAUCCUUGACCUUCCCGAUCUUCCCCUCGACUACAUUCUUGAUCUUCUUCCCCCCGCUGAACUAUGUAGCAUGGCUAGAGUAUGUAGCUCAUUGAGAGAGAGAUGUGUCAGCAAUCAUUUUUGGGAGAAACACUUAAUGACCAAAUGGGGAAAUAUACUUGGACCUGCUGCUCACAAAGAGUGGCAAUGCUAUAUAUCUUCCCCAUAUUAUCUUGAUUCUCAUCAUCAGCAAACAAGACAUCCUGGCAUGGCCAAAAUCAUAUCUUUGAUUCGAUCUCUCUCCACCAUUUUUCAAGAUGAUAAUCAGAGGGGGAUAUAUGCAUCUUCUUUGCUACUUGAUUCUACCAUGAGCUUUUAUCUCUCCCUUGAAACUGGUCGUUUUUGGUUUCCAGCUCAAGUUUACAACCGUGAGAAUGGACAUGUAGGAUUCAUGUUGUCAUGUUAUGAUGCUGAGCUGUGUUAUGACACUCACACUAAUGCUUUUCAAGCUAGGUACCCACCACAUGGUAGAAGAGCAAUUGCGGUUGAAAAAGAUGUGCCAUGGGAGAGGAUUAGAGCAGCUCCCAUUGAUGCAUCGCCUCAUCAUCUCCAUAUAUCAGAUUCAUUAAGAGAGGUUAAACCUGGAGAUCACAUCGAGAUUCAAUGGAGAAGAAACAAAGAGUUUCCUUAUGGAUGGUGGUAUAGUGUUGUUGGCCACUUGGAAUCAUGCGAUGGCAAUCUCAACUAUUGUCAUUGCCAUAAUAGUGAUAUAAUAGUGUUGGAAUUUAACCAAUACACAAUUGGAUCAAGGUGGAGAAAAACAAUGAUCAAUAGGAUAGAUCAUAGAGAGAAAGGUAAUGAAGAAGACGGGUUCUAUGGAGGAAUACGAAAGCUAAAUCGUAAAGAAGAGAUUGAAAGGUGGAAGCGUCUUUGGCCAUCCUCCAUCUUGGAGUAGAAUGUGUAGUAUGUUAACGUUAGGACUGUUUUCAUUUAUAUCCAAUAUAUAAUUAAUUGUUAAUUA